AUGAACCUACUACAGGUCCUCUUAUCCUCAUUAUUGUUUAUGGUAGAAUGUCAAGUUGCUCCAAUUGUUCAUCCAGCUUUAUUAGAAGGUCCACAAAACGAAGUAGUUCCGUCUCUGAUAUUUCCUUCCAACCGAGUAGGCUCCAAAAACCGACUGAGCACUCGAGUAUUUCGAGAUGCCUCCUCACAAGGUUAUAAAGGUCUAGUCGACAGUCCUAGGCUAUUCCGUGCAUCUGGAAGAUUCCAUAAACGAGUACAGUCUGCAACGACUCACGAUAUCCAGAAUGUUCCAUUGCCUCAAGAUACACUUCAAAUCGUUUCGUAUAAGUACGAUGCCGAGAAACAUAACGAAAAGAAAAUGUCAGACAAUGAUAUCAUAACAAACGAAGAAGCAGAAGACCAUGCGCGUGGCAUUGAGAGAACGACGAUGUCGGUGAAACCAAGAGAAGAUGAAACGGAUAAAACUGUUCCAAUGACUACCACAACUCCUAUGCCAGAGCAUAAUUCCAUUAAUGAAAUCAAGGAAAACAGCAUCACACCAGCUCGAUCGAAAACUUUCUUCCAAACCGUCACUACGAACGGAUCAGCUGCUCCACUCAUUCCAAAUCCUCAGCUACCUCCACAACCUCAGCCACCAUUCGUAUUCACUCCACAACCACCAAUUUCUCCUCCAAAGUUCACAAUGCCUUCUUUAGUUCCUCAAACAAUUCAGCAACUUCCUUCUUCUCUUCCUCAGCAAGGAAUACAUCCUCAACAGCCUCCACCAGCAUUCCCUGGUAAUCAGAUGGGAAUCAAUCCAGUCGGGGUGCCUCAUCAGCCAUCAAAUGCUCUUGUGGCAGGUGUUCCGAACUUUAAUCAACCCCAACAACCAGUUACUCUCACUCCGCUAGGAACCAAUCCAACUCCAGCUAUCGGAGGCAUUCAACAACCAAACCAAGUGAAUCCAGGAGGUCUGCCUCAACAACCGCAAUCAGCUCUAUCUCCCAAUCGAAAUGAAGAAAAACAUGAUACUCACGAACAACUCGGAUGCGGUUGGGAUUGGCUAACCAACUCUUGUAAAGACGUAUUCGCAUUGAAUUGGUGCGGAAAGUGCCAUGACUUUGGAAAUAUUUUCCUGCAUGACUGUAAAUGUAUCGCCCCAUUGAUUCCACUUCCAACCACAGUACGCCCAUCUCCUCCUCCACCUCCACCACCUGCUCCUCAAAGACAUCCAUUGUUCUUUUGGUUAAUUUGA